GAAGACCUAUGGGAGCUCGUCACAGGCUAGCUGGCCCUUCACGGGGACUUGGGCCCAGCCUCACCUGUGACAGAUGAGUGGCUCUCCUGACCAAUCCUGAUCGGCUAGGAACCCGCUGGCCUUGUUUCUCCGGUAGGCUCUGGAGAAGGGGAACCCCCCAGCAGAUGGCCCAGAGGAGGGCUGAGUAGGGUGCAGGAGUCCCGCUGGCCUCUUGUGACUGGCCCUGAAAGAAGGGAGAAUCUCAGAGUCAGUGGCCUCUGCAGGAGGGUGAGAAAGAACUGACCCUGGAGCCCAAGAAAGAUCCCGGUGUCUCUGGCCAGCAGCCCCCACCCUAGAGCCCCUCCUGGUCUGCCAGGGGCCACACCGAGCAGGACUGGGAGUCGGUUGCACCAGGAGUGAGUGUGAGCAUCUGUCAGCAGAGACACGGACCCUUCACCACCCACCAUGGAGCCCCAGGUGCCAGGACGGAUGCCCAGGGCUGGACUCCUGCUGCUGCCCCUUCUCCUUUGCUUCGGGCCAGAGACCGCUGGAAGCAUCAACCAGGCCGCGCUCAAAAAAAUCGUGGAUCAUGUGAACAAUAAUGGUGGAGUUAACAAGCAAUACGCCUUCGCCACUGCACUGCCCCAUGGCACCUGCAGCAACCCCCAGGAUGUGGCCACCUAUCUGCCCAUGGCCCAGCUAGCAGCCAUGAGAAUGAAGAUUGGCCCGUUCGGUGCCCUGUACAACCCGUCCAACGGGAGCAUCGUGGCAGCUCGGCCAAAGGCAGUGAUUACACCGCGUGGGAAUUACACGGAGCACAGCGAGUGGCGCCUGCUCUCCGGCCCAAACAGCCUUGUGGCCCAGCUCACGGCCAGGACCUACGGCCAGAACAGCUGCUUGAUCUUAUUUACCUUCAAUUCACCCUGCUCCACCAAGUGUCUGCGCGAGGCCGGGCGCUUCAACAUCGUGAACAUGACCAGCGCUGCCUUCUUGGCCAUCAACAACAACUUCAAGGCCUUCGUGUUUCAGAAGAUCUUUGACUAUGACAUGAAGCCUAAAGUGACCCGCCAGGCCCUGCUGGACGCCUGGCACCGGCUGCGUGACGUGCCUCUGCUGCGCUGCGACAACAACGGCUGCCAGGACUGUGCUCCGGUGGACCCCCAAAACAACCCCUGCCUGGCUGGGAAGAGGUAGAUGACGGAGCGGAGCCAGAAACCACGUGCGACUCUUUGUGCCACUGGCCUCCCUCGCUGCCCAUGUGCUUCUGGAUUGUUGAGUGUAACAGAAACACGUCCCAACCGGGAAUCAGGCUGCAAUCCAGGACUCCACUCUGACGUGUGCUCCAAUCUAGAACCCCAAUCCACAGGGGUGCUCCAAUCUAGAACCCUUUUCCCGGGCAUGUGUUGAUCUAGAAUGUGAUUCCCCAGUAUGUGCCAACCUAGAACCCCUGCCAGAGUGUAUUCCCAUCUAGAACUCCAUGCAUGGAUGUGCUAAAAUCUGAAAUCUAGAGCCCCAUUGCUGGGUGUACUCCAAUGCAGUACUCCAUUCCCAUCUCUGGUUGUGCUCCAGCCUAGAACUCCAUCCCUGGGUGUGCUCCAAUCUGUGAUCUAGAAGCCUGUCCCUCUCCCCAAGUGUGCACCAAUCCAGAAUUGCCACCCCCACAGUAGGCCUCAAGCUCCGUUCUAAACCUUCGUCCCCCACAGUGCAUCAAGCUCCAAUCGAGAACAUGGUCCCCAUCCCUGGGUGGUCUCGGAGCUGCAGUCUAGAAUCCACAUUCACCCAGUGAACUCCAACUCCGAUCUAGAACCCAGCCUCCAUCCCUGCACAAGGCCGGAGAGGGGACCGUGGACGGGAGCAGGCCUGACGACUGUAUUAUGGGGCUGGAUCAGAGGGGAGAGUCCCUUACUCAGAUAUUGGUGGGUGGGAGGAUUCCUGGGUAUGGACCAUAGCCAAGGUAGGACAAUGGGGAUCUCGGAGCACAGGGCUCCAUCAGUGGGGGCUGCUUUGGGGUUGUUCCAUUCUGCAGGUGACACUUUUUGCUGAUUCUCUGACAUACAAUUGCUGCCAA